CUUUCCGUGAUUUCAGACGCAGCGGCUUCUCUCCAGAACCUGUCCUUGGCCAGGAUCUCCUAUGACCCUGCCAGGUACCCCAAGUACCUGCCAGAAGCCUACUGCCUGUGCCGGGGCUGCCUGACCGGGCCGUUCGGGGAGGAGGACUUCCGCUUCCGGAGCGCCCCAGUGUUCGUGCCGGCUGUCAUCCUCCGGCGAACCCCGGCCUGCGCGGGGGGCCGCUCCGUGUACACUGAGGAGUACGUCACCGUCCCCGUGGGCUGCACCUGCGUCCCCGAGCAGGAGAAGGAAGCGGACAGCGUCAACUCCAGCAUGGACAAGCCGGGCAGCAAGCUCCUGCUCAGCCCCAGCGACAAGCCAGGCCGGCCCUGAGGCCUCUCCACACCCCCACCCCCGAGGCUUGAGGAGACUCGGCUGUGAGAGUCAAACACUGGGCUGGGGAGCCCUUCCCCCAGCCUGCUCAGGAGGCCGAUCUCCCCCUUGCUCCUGGUUUCCCUUUAGGUAGGAGCGCAGGGUGGGUGACAGCUGACGGUUCAGAAAUAAACAGGUAACAGCAUCGCGUAGGUGGCCCGGGGCCGCCACAGGUGACCCGUGCCCCGGCUCUGCAGGGGCUCCCAGCCCACCCUGCCCUCCCACACCGUCAGGACAGCUGCGAGGGGCCAGAGCCUCACCAGGUCCGGGACAGGCACACGCUUUUUGAAAAGUAGAACAUAUACCUCCUUUUUCACUCAGCUAUUUUCAGUAGGGGCAGAACUAUAUUAGCCAUUUUGAGCAGGUAUAUUAAAAUUUUUUUACUUGGCAUAUAAACAUUUUAUAAACAGUUUUCACUUCCUCUGGCAGGAGUCUUUAGACGCACAACUAGAAUCAGUUGUUAGCUGGCCUGUGGCCUGGGCCCCGGCUGACAGUAACAAAACGGACGGGGCUGAAAACGACUGGCUGGUGCCGGCUUCACAGGGGGCUCGGCUCACCCCAGCAAGGCCCCUCAGUCUCUUCGUGAGUACAUCCAUGGCCACAGGUGUCGGUAGUGGGGCCGGGCUGUGGUUGACAGGUGGUGGAGAAGGCACGCAGGUAGAGGGUGAGAGCUGCGCCAGGCCCCAGGAAGAACCCAGCUCUGCUCAGUGUUAAGGACUUCGGGAACUAGCCAAACGUGAGGGGCAAGUGGGCUUAGGGUCUCCAGAAAUCCGGGUUGGAGCCUCUCUCCCUACAUACUGCAGUGUGCGCUAAACCCUUAACUCUUCUUUAGGUGAAGGUCUUUCCCUAAACACAGUCAUUUAUAAAAGUGAGAUGUUCUUAACUCAUUCUAGAAUCAUUAAAACACCUCUAGGUCAAGGACACGAAAGCUGUAUGCCUCUCUGGACUCUGCUUUGAUGGGCUCAGCUAAUUUUUAAAGUAAAGAAUAUGCUAAUUAAGACCUUUAUCUUUAUGGUUGAAGCUUAAACUAACAAACUGGUUUGGUCAUAGGACGGUCACCUGGCAGCAUCCGUGGCUAUCUGCUCUGGGUUAUCCUGGCUAUCAUGCCGGUCACCGAGAGGCCGGCUGCCCCCCUACUUACCUUGUGACGGAAGGGUCACUGAGGGAACUUUGGACUUGGCUAAAUCUUGACAGAAGUUGUACAUGAAAAAUAUCGCUGAGCAAAAUUCGUAUUUUACAAAUAAAAAAUCUGCAACUGCA